AUGUCGAGGGAUCCCGGCGCCGGCGCGACCGCGUCCGCGUCCGCGUCCGCGGCGGCGGACGAACCCGCGCGCCGCGCGGAGGACGUCGACGUGUACGCCAACGGCGUCGCGUUCGAGACCGUCAAAGGAUGGCUCGGGCGCGCGGGCGAGGACAUGCGCUUCGACGAUUGGUACGGCGUCGAGGACGUGGACGUCGAGCGCGCGUCGCGCCCGGAGCGGCUCGGCCUCGGCGCGAAGUUCCUGCCGCACUCGAAGGCGACGCGGCUCAUGGGCGGCGUGGAGAAGAAGCUCGGGCGGAGCCUCGGGGCGACGCGGCAGCGGAAGCGAGAGGAGGACGCGAGCGCGCGAGGCGGCGGACGAUGGGGAAGUCGCGACGACGGCGACGGCGACGCGAGCGAGGAGGAGGACGAGGACGAGGAGGACGAGGACGCCGGUGGAAGAGCCGCCGCCGCGGGCGCCGGCGCCGCCUCGAAGAAACGGCGGAAAGUCCAGGCGUGGGACCCGACGACGGACGCGAGCUGUCUCGCGGGGCGGGUCGGCAAGAAGAAGAAGAAGAAAAAGAAAAAGAAGACCGCGGCAGCCGCCGUCGACGGGUAA